AUGAAUGCAGUUGUGAGCGGAACGAGGAGAGUCGUCUUCUUUCCAGGGCGGAGACAUUUUUCAUCAAAGAAGGAUUACGAUGUGAUAGUGAUAGGUGGUGGCCCAGGAGGCUACGUAUGCAGUAUCAGGUGCGCACAGAACAAGCUUAAUGUUCUCAACGUGAACGAAGACAAGAAGUUGGGAGGUACGUGUCUGAACCGAGGAUGCAUACCAUCCAAGUCGCUGCUACAUAUCGCACACAAUUAUUAUGAAGCAAAAAACAAGUUCAAGCAGAUGGGAAUUAUCGUAGACAAUGUACAGCUGGAUGUAGAAACCUUACACAAGCACAAAAACAAAUGCAUGGGUAAUCUAGCCGAUGGAAUAACGUAUCUGUAUAAGAAGAACAAAGUUAACCAUAUAAUAGGACAUGGAAGUAUCGUAGAUGGGAACUCUGUCUUAGUAAACAGUGAAGGGAAGGAAAAGCUGGUGACAGCGGAACGAAUUGUUAUCGCUACAGGAUCAAAGCCGAUAGAAAUUCCACUAAAAAAGCUAAAUGAUGAUAAUGUGAAGGAGGCGGAAACUGUUGUUGACCUUCUACAGUAUGAUCACCAAAUGAUACAGACAUCGGAUGAUAUUCUGAACUUUAAGAAGAUCCCGAAGAAAAUUUCUAUCAUUGGUGGUGGUGUGAUUGGAUUAGAAAUAGGUUCUGUUUUUGCCAAAAUGGGUUCAGAAGUCAUCAUAUUUGAGUACAACAACAGAUUAUGCUCUUUCCUAGAUGCAGAUGUAAGCAGAGUUCUGCAAAAAACCCUCGAAAAAAUAAAAAUAAAGUUCGCUUUUAAUACAUCCGUAAUAGGAGGUAACGUCGAAAAUGAGCAAGCCACUAUAUUUGCACAAAAUACAAAGACAAAGGAAAUACAAAAGGUAACAUCUGAUGUCGUUCUAGUCUGUGUUGGUAGGAGACCGAAUUUUGAUAACCUGAACCUGGACAAGGUUAAUAUCGAAUUAGGAAAAAAUAAAAAGAUUCAGGUUGAUGAGUCUUUUGGUGUCAUAUCCCAUCCAACAAUAAAAGCUAUCGGGGAUGCCAUCGAUGGACCUAUGCUUGCACACAAGGCAGAAGAAGAAGGAUAUAUCCUAGCCAAUAUACUAUUAAGCGAAUUGAAGUUAAACAAGCCAAAAAAAUCACACAUUAAUUAUGAUCUUGUACCCAGUGUUAUAUACACCCACCCCGAGGUCGCCAGCGUAGGUCUAAAUGAAGAGAAAUGCAAACAAAUGAAUCUUUCAUUCAAGGCAGUUACCUUCCCCUUUGCGGCGAACAGCAGGUCUCGAACAAUAGAUGACUUCGAUGGGCUCAUUAAGCUCCUUGUUGAAAAUGAGACGAACAAAAUUCUCGGCUCACAAAUUGUUGGAAACAAUGCCAGCGAUUUGAUUCUUCCUCUGUCCAUUUAUGUUGGAAGCGGAGGAUCCUCCAAAAGUUUGAGCAAGAUUAUUUAUGCCCACCCCACCUUCUCUGAGGUCAUCAAGGAAGUCGCCCUGCAGUCCUUCGACAAGGCCAUCCACAUGUAG